AUGGGUAAACUUGAAGAUGACCUCACUGAACUCAAGAAAUGUUACGAUAAUGAUUUAAUGACUAAGCAGGAUUAUGAUGAUGCUCGUAGAAAUAGACUUGGCCUCAAACAAGCAGAUAAAUCAUGGUGGGAAAAAUUUCUCGAGCGUUGCCAUAGUUCUAUAGCAGGCACGAUUGAUUCCAUCCUUAGUCUUUUUACUGGACAAAGAUUAAUCAAAAAUUAA